UAGCCGUCUCUUGCCCGAACCUUUGCGCGAAUCCUAGCUAGUUUGACUUUCUUCCCGUUUGUUUCUCGUAGAGAACAAUUCAAGUCGCCAAGAAGAUGAAGGUGUUGCUUCUGUGUGGAGUCAUCCUGGCCGGAGCUUUAUUUGCUGAGGCUGCUGGUGGAAGCGAGCUGUGCUCUUUGAGCAACGAAGAUUUCAAGGUAUUUUUGAAGUGCAUGGGAGACCACGUCGACCCAGAGUUCAAGGCAACAGUAAAGGAGGUCAUCGGCGACAAGACGGACAGUGUGUAUGCCAUUUUUAAGAAGCAGUGCGAGGCUCAAGUGGACUUCGGCGCGCUGCUGACGACAGUGUUCUCGGAUCGAGUAGCUGGUUCUGUCAGAAGCGCCUACGCUCAUUGCAAGCCAGUGCAAAGUUGAAGUGCUUCUCCAUAACCAACGAAACCGAAGACAAAGAAUUCGGCAGUCCACAUGGUGGAGUCAUUGUCGCGCAAAUAAAACAGGCACAAAAAACACAAUA